AUGGGCCAAGACUGGAAGUUCUUCAACCUCAGUAGGAUGCAAUACGAGUAUCCGAACGGCGGCUACAAGCUUGGAAUAAUAUUCAUGGCAAAACAACCAUUUCUCGUUCGCAGUUUGACCAUACCAUAUCCUCUGCCGAAACUAGCAAAACUGCUCGCAAACUGUCCCCCACCCGGCCCCAUCGCGAAGAAAGGCCUCCUCUCGCUUCCAGACGAGCUCAUCGACAUCAUCCUCUACCACGAUGACCUGCCGAUACUCGACAGUAUCUGCCUCGCCGUAACGUGCAAGAAGAUCCUCGCGGUCGCCGAAGACGGCCUUCUCAAGCACGGCCGCGACUUCGGCUCCGCCUUGUGGGCGCACUGCCGGAUCGUGUGCCUCGGCGAAUACACACAGCUCGACAAGGCCCCGGACAGCCUGUUUCCCCCGAACCUUCAGACCAAAAUCCAUGCCGGGCUCAAGAAGAUAGGCAUGGCCGUCGACGAGGUCUCCUACGGGGGACUGCUCGAUAUCGAGAAUCUCUGCGGCCACGCGUCGAUCUGGUUAUACCGUGGCGUGCACGAGAACAGGCGCUAUGUAAUGAAACUCCCGCGGCCCGACCGCGACCUGUUCGUCGCCGCCGCCGCGGUGACGUUCCCGAAGCGCGACGACUGGGCGCUGCUUAACACCACGAAGUACGAAUACGUGCGCGCGGGCCCCAUCGCGGAGCUGGGCGGGAAGCCGCACUCGGUGCAGCCGUUCCUGGAGGAUUGCCCGAUCGACCUCGGCACGGCGCUGUACACACGGUUCUGCUACUCGUUCAGCCAAGACACCGCGAUGGUAAACACGUCAGUCAACAUCCACCGGGGGAAGUGGGUCGGCGACCGGUUUGCGAUCGACACACUCGAGCGCGCGGUCCGGAGCGACACGGAGAACAAGUGGAAGGACGUGACGUUCGAGGUCGUCGAGGACAUCAGGGCGAUAUACAAGGACCAAUGGCCGGAGGACUGGAAGGUGCAGCUCAAGAGAUUCCAUGGCCCGUUCGAUUACGCGUGCUACAACUGGGACCAACCGUGGCACAUAGGUGACCUGCUUCCAUCCCCGGAGGAGGAGAUACGUCGAGAGCGGCGGCGGCAAGGCAUUGUUGACUUAGAGUAGGAGACUGUCAAGAGCGAGGCAAAGUGGACACCUAUACUCUCAUUGAUUAUAUAUGCU